AUGACGCUUGUUUGGCACAGAGGAAGGGCAGGGAGUUCUGCAAAGAAGCUGCAGCUUUACAGAGAAAACGAAACAAGGGCAAGGCGAGGAUACAUUUGGGAAGGAUGCUUGGACUAUGUGGUCGAGAAGGGAGUUGGAAGAAAGCAUCACAGACCUAUACAGGGAUAUAGAGAUGAAAGGCCCAAGGGAUGUAAUCCACUUGCUGAGACUGGCCGAAGCAAACUGCAAAAUCAAAGAGCUGUCCUAAACCAACAGAUCUUAAGAGCAGUAAGAAUGAGAGCUGGUGCUGAAAAUCUUUUAAGAGCAACCAACAACAACAAAGUAAGAGAGCAGGUACUACUGGAACUUAGUUUUGUCAACUCAGACCUGCAGAUCUUAAAGGAAGAAUUGGAAGGACUUAAUAUCUCAGUAGAAGUUUAUCAAAAUACAGAAGAAACUUUCAGCAUUCCUUUGGUACCUCUUGGCCUGAAGGAAACCAAAGAAGUAGACUUUACACUCCCCCUCAAGGACUUUAUUCUGGAACAUUAUAGUGAAGACAGUUCUGAGUAUGAAGACGAAAUAGCAGAUCUCAUGGAUCUGAGACAAGCGUGCCGCACUCCUAGCCGAGAUGAAGCUGGCAUUGAGAUGUUGAUAAGCUAUUUCCUUCAACUUGGUUAUGUAGAAAACAGAUUUUUCCCACCCACCAGGCACAUGGGAGUUUUAUUUACAUGGUAUGAUUCCUUCACAGGUGUCCCAGUGUGUCAGCAGAAUCUGUUGCUUGAAAAAGCCAGUAUUUUAUUCAACAUUGGAGCCCUCUACACCCAGAUUGGAACAAGAUGCAAUCGUCAGACCCAGGCUGGACUUGAAAAUGCUGUUGAUGCUUUUCAGAGAGCUGCAGGAGUCCUAGGCUACUUAAAGGAGACCUUUACUCACACACCAAGUUAUGAUAUGAGCCCGGCUAUGCUGAAUGUACUAGUAAAAAUGAUGCUUGCACAAGCCCAAGAGUGUGUUUUUGAGCAGAUUGGUCUUCCUGGAAUACGCAAUGAGUUUUUCACACUAGUGAAAAUGACACAGGAAGUUGCCAAGGUGGGAGAGGUUUACAUGCUGGUUAACACUGCAAUGAAUCAGGAACCAGUGAAAGAGAAUAUCCCCUAUUCCUGGUCUAAACUGGCACAAAUAAAGUCAGACCAUUACAAAGCUCUGGCGCAUUACUUCAUUGCCACCAUUCUUUGUGACCAUGAAUUGCAGUCCGGUGAUGAUGAAGAUCAGCAGGAGAAAGCCUUGUCCCAGUUGUAUAACCACAUGCCUGAAGGACUGAUGGUUCUCACUGUUCUAAAGGACAAAGUUCAGAGAAAACAAUUAGGGAAAGCACAUUUACGCAAAGCCAUAGGUUAUCAUGAAGAAGCUCUAAGAGUCUGUGGUCUGUGCAAAAAGCUUCGAAACAUUGAUGUUCUUCAGGAGGUUCUGACAGCUGCACAUAAGCGCUCGCUUCUCAAAUACGCUCAGCAAGAGACGGAAGAUGACUUUCUCAGUCUAAUCCAGGCUCCAGAUAUCCUUCCUAAAACAGAGCAUAAAAUAGAAACAAUUGCUCCCCAGUUUUCCAAGGUGAAAGUUAAAGACUUCUUUCACAGGCUGGGCCCACUGACAGUGUUCUCAGCCAAGCAGAGAUGGACGGCUCCACGUACCAUUCAUAUCCACCAUGAAGCAGGAGAGCUAGGAUUCAGUCUUAAAGGAGGUUCACCAGUACAGAUUUAUUGUCUUGAUCCAGCUUGUUCUGCAGCAUCGAUGGGCCUAAAAGAAGGUGACUACGUUGUUUCAGUUGGUGGUGUGGACUGCAAGUGGCUUGGAGUGAAUGAGGUGCUGGAAAAAUUCAAAAGCGUGGGAGAGCAGCCCAUUGAGAUUGAGGUUAUCAGUUGCCAGGAUACAGCGGCAUCUAUGCACAGUAAGAGUGCAACUUACUCUGUGGGAAUGCAGAAGACGUACUCCUUAAUCUGUUUAGCAAUGGAAGAGGAUAAGAUCGAUCAGACCAAGAAAGCCCCACUGAAACUGCCUUUUUUAAGUUGGGGAACUAAAAAUAGACAGAAAGCUGCAAGCACCCUCUGCCUUCCUUCAGCCGUGGCUGGAAGUUCUCAGAUUAAGAAGAAGCUUUCUCCCUUCACACUUCUGAAUACAGAAAGUUCAUUGUACUGA